AUGACGAAGGAGCGGUCCCAAAUGUCCCUACAGGUCUCCGUCACUGCACUGCCGGCAUUAACAGGUGGCAGGAAGAAAGAGGCCUUGGCGAAACGUUACACGGAGCGUGGCUGGGGCGAAGUCAGCGAAACCAGCUACCACCCGUUUUUACUCUGGCUGGAAGAUGCCCUCAACGGAGCGUUCCUGGCUCAUGAAUGGCCGCAGUUCGAGACCAAGCCUGAGCAUAUGCAUACCAAGGCUGUCGAGCCUGGUCCGACACUGAUCACCGAACUCAAGCCCGGCCUAUCCAUUUCCAUGCCGGGGCUGGGUAGCAAACUGGCAAGCGAGUUGCCCUCGAUCCUUUCAGACGAACUGCUGGCCCGGGCGGACUACCGGAUGCCGGUGCAUGCCUGUGGUUAUAACUGGCUGGCUUCCAAUAACGACGCGGCAGAACAGCUGGCAGAGCGCAUCAAUGAGUUGAUGCACCAGUACGGUCGUAACUGUCAGCAAGUCAUUCUUGUAACCCACUCAAUGGGCGGCUUGGUAGCCAGACGUUGUGCGCAACUGCCUGGCAUGAAAGACAAAAUCGCCGGGGUUGUGCAUGGGGUGAUGCCAGCCACUGGCGCGCCGGUAGCGUACCGCCGCUGCAAAGUUGGAAUGCGUGACGAAGACCUCGUUGCCGGGUCUGUUAUCGGCCCAACUGGAAAAGAGAUAACUGCUGUUUUUGCGCAAGCACCGGGGGCCUUGCAGCUUCUGCCCACUCAGGACUAUGCGCCGGGUUGGUUGCGACUGGUCGAUAAUAACGGUGCGUCGGUAAUGCCUAAACAACCGAUCUCAGAUCCUUACGAAGAAAUUUAUCUGCGUCGGGAUCGCUGGUGGGGAUUGCUGCGUGAGGAGUGGCUUGCGCCAAAGGGGGGAGAUGCCAUCACUUGGGAGACCUUCGCAGGGAACAUCGUUGAAGCGAAAAACUUUCAUAGUCGUCUCAGCGGUUCCUAUCAUCCCCACACCUACGUGUACUACGGCAACGACGACAAGCACCGCAGUUUCGAAACCAUCACUUGGCAAAUGAAGCCCGGCGGUCGGCUGAAUGGUCCCGCUGGAAAUCGUCCGGACGCCUUCACCGUUUCAAACCUGGAAAUGGAUCAGGUCCGGGACAAAGGGCGUAGCCCGGUUUAUGUCGGUGCUCACAGCCAACCCAUCAAGCCAUUACCCGGCGACCCCGAUGCACCAAUCAAAGAAGUUCAAACCAGUCAUUGGGAGUUGCAUUGCCUGAAGCAGGACGGCAUCGGCGACGGAACAGUUCCAACCAGUUCCGGUAGCGCACCCGCCCUGCAUGCACGGUGGGGUGAAGUGCGACAACAGAUCAAAUCUCAGGGUUUGACCACGAGGCGUCAUAUUCCAAUCCGU